UUUUCUUUUUCUUUUACAAGAUUGGAGAUAUCUUCCUCAUGACCUUAUAGAAUUCUUGUUUAAAAAAAUUGAAGUGAAAGAUUCAUUUUCAUUUGCUUUAGUUUGUCAAUCAUGGCACAAAAUAGCAAUGAAGAAUCGAGGUAAGUUGAUGAAACUAAAUCAACAUCAUUUAGUUCCAAAACUUUUGAUUCCAAAUGAGAGUGAUGAAACCAACACAUUAUGGAGUGUCUACAAUGUAUUUUCCAAGAACAAUAAUAUAUCCUUAACAUCAUCAAACCUAGUACUUCCUUCGUACGAUAUGCCUUUCGUAGGAUCAUCAGAAGGAUGGUUAGCUACUCUCGGAAAAGAUUUCAAAUUUACACUCUAUAAGCCUUUUAAUAACACUAUAGACAUAUACCUUCCUGUGUUGUUCGAUGAAUUAAGUAUAAAUCGUUAUGAAAUGGUUAUGAAGUUCACAACAUUCACCUUCGAUUCAAUAUCAAAGCCAAACAAUUUUAUUAUCGUUAUGAUAUUUGGAGCAUAUUUACGAGCGGCUUAUAUAAGACCUUUUCAAGAUUCUGCUUGGACUAUCAUACCUCAUUUACCAAAUUGCAUUGCGUUUUAUUAUGAUGAUGUUUUGUUUCAUAAGGGGGCAUUAUUUGGUACAGAUUUUCAUCAAAGUAGAAUUGUUUGUUUCGACAUCAGUGAUGAUUUGUCUCAACUAAGUUUCAAGUGGGUUAGAGAGAUUCAAACAAAUUAUAAUAAUGUUAAACGACGCAUUGAUAAGAAAUAUUUGGUUGAAUCAUGUGACGGAGAUCAUCUUUUGCAAGUUCAUAGGUGUAGUAAAAUCACCGAUACAAACGGUCGUGCAACAGAGUAUUUUGUUGUUUCUAGGUUGAGUUUUGAUCAGUCAAAAUGGGAAGAAAUAGAUAAUUUAGGUGAUCAAGCUUUGUUUUUAGGUGACAAUUCAUCAGUAUCAAUCGAUACUAGUUCAUCAAAUUCUACAAAAUGUCAAAGUAAUUGCAUAUAUUUUACUGAUGACAAAGGUGGGACUAAUUUAAAUAUCAAUAAUCCUUUGGAUAUGGGAGUCUACAAUAUUGGAACUAAGAGUUUGACACGAUUCGAUAUUGAUAAAAAUCACCUUCGUAAGAUGGGCGGAAGAACACCAAUUUGGGUUGUGCCUACGGUAUUUCUUCCUUAAAUAACAGUGUGAAAGUUUAGUUUUUUUUAGAUUGUUAGGCACAUUUUCAUAUUUCAUGUAGAUAGUUCUUUAUUUAUUUUUAUCAAUUUAAGUACAAUUAUUUUUAUCUUUUGUCUCUGAUUCAUUUAC